AUGGGCCGGCUUCGCCCUUCAAGAUGCCAACGUUGCCCAGUCCUUUUCUCGUGCCACCUCGCAGCACCCGGACACGUACUUUUCACCCUCACACUUGUUCUGUGCCUUGUGCUUGCGCUGGUACUGUACGUCUCCUCCCCAUCACAGCGCCAUUCGUGUGCCAGCGCCGCCAUCCUGCUUUUGCCCAACAUGAUGCGAGACUUGCUCGCCCCUGCAGGCCUUUUGCCGCUCCUGCUGUCGUCCCCGGCCGCGGCUACUCUGCUCUAUGCGUCUUCCUACAGCGGCGCCAUCACCACCCUCAACCUUACCCUGUCCGCCGACAACGCCACCCAGUCCGUCCUGCAGUCGCUCUCGUCGUCUGACGGCUGCGCUCCCAGUCCGUCCUGGCUGACCCUUGACCAUGCCAACUCCCGGCUCUACUGCACUGAUGAAGGUCUGACCACCAACGUUGGAACCGUCUCUUCUUUUUCAACUGGCCCCGAGGGUGUGCUCCAGCAACUGGCCAAGACGGAGACCAUCAGCGGCCCCGUCAGCGCCGUUAUCUACGGCGACAAAGGCCAGGGUCUGGCCGUCGCUCAGUAUGGCGGCUCUUCCGUGAGCUGGUUCGACAUUUCCAACCCGGCCGCCCUCACAGCGGUCAAGUCCGAGACUUUCAACAUGUCGGCACCGGGCCCGAAUCCGUCUCGCCAGGAGGCCCCGCACCCCCACGAGGUUUUCCUCGACCCCAAGGGCCAGUUUGUCCUCGCGCCGGACCUCGGUGCCGACCUCGUCCGCGUCUUCGCCGUCGACGGCAUCAACCUGGUUGCUGUCGACUCCCUCCAGGCCGCUCCCGGUAGCGGUCCUCGCCACGUCGAGUUCCUCGUCACACCCGAGGGCAAGACGUACCUGUACGUCAUCGGCGAACUGUCCAAUACCGUCACCGCAUACGACGUCACCUACCGCAAGAACAAGACGCUCGGCUUCACCGAGGUGUAUUCGAGCUCUACUUACGGCGAAGGUGCCACUGCGCCUGCCGGAGCCAGCGGUGCUGAGAUUUGGAUCUCGCCUAACGGCAAGUUCCUCACCGUUUCCUCGCGGAACGACUCGGCCUUCAGCAUCAGCAACCCCGACACCAACGGCGAGGGCGCGCAGAUCCCCUCUGACUCGCUCAACAGCUUCAGUAUCAACCCGCAGACGGGCGCCCUCACGCUACUGCAGAAGUUCCCCGCGGGCGGCCGCAUCCCCCGCCAGUUCUCGGUCAACAAGGCCGGCGACCUUGUUGCUGUCGGCCUGCAGUCGGACAGCCGCGUUGUCAUCAUCAGCCGCGAUGUCGCGUCGGGCAAGCUGGGAGACAUUAUUGCGAGCACAAAGGUCGAGGGCGAGGUAACGGCCGUCAUCUUUGAUGAGUAG